AUGUCGCCAGAUACUGUAUCGUCGCUGUUCCCAGACCGACCGAUUCGGCCGUUACCGAAACGUCGACUGCGCGAGAAGCUCUCACCUGGGACCGUAGAGACGAUAACGUAUCCUCCUUCAACUGACGAAACUACGCCUCUCUUUUAUUACCCACCAUACAACUUCAGGGAAGACGGGAGCCCACCAAGGGCAUGUUCUACAAGCCCAGCCCAACAAAGUCGACGAGCGGAGGAGGGGCGCAACUAUACCCCUCGACGAAAUGGGUUGGGGCUGGCAGAUGGCGAUGAUGAUGAGCCGGCUUUGCGAAGCACUCUCGUUACUAGAUCACCCCCCGAGAUCUUGACUCGUGGUACUCAACGAUCUUCAAAGCCCGAUAUCCCUAAUCCGCAACCGCCGCUCUCCGCAACGUCCUCUGUGGAUGGUUAUGAUGUAUUUGAGAACACAAACAACAAGAAGAAGCGGAAAAUUCCUUCUAUGGGGGACCCUUUGAUUAAUGGGACUCAGGGCUUGAAUAAUGAGGUAGGCUCUCUUGCCAUUUCAGCUGGUGCAGGACAUUCUCCUACCAAUGAAUCACACAACGACCGAGCGCUCUCCCAUUCAGCUUCACAUCCAACCACCGGCACUUUUUCAUCCAAUAGCCAGGGAAUCUCAGGACCUGGAAGGGGCAGACUUGGGCGUUCAAGGAACGGCAGAAGCCCGCUGCGGGCGUUGUCUGAUGGCAACAGUAAUGCGUGGGCUGGACGAGGCUCAAAAGUCACAGCAUCUCAGUGGGCUCCGGGCGUUCCGGCUGCUGACACAAACUCAGAGCAAGAGGGCAGUGGUAUAAUAUCAAAUGCCAUCGCAAACGCCGAGAAACUUCGACCUCAGGGACAGGAGAACCGUCGACCCAAUUUACUUUCACCUGUGAUUUCCAAGUUCCUGGCACUAUUCAGUGGCCCGCCGCCAGGUCACGCGAGUAAGCACAGCAUGUCGACUCAGGCUGGUCCUGGCUCCCUACCACCUGGCAGUGUUGCUCAUCAUGAUGGGUCUUCCGUUGCAGCUAGUCGAGGCUCCGGAAGUUCUCGUCGAGACAGCAAACGACGUUUAGACAGAUCACUGGAAAGGGCUGCACGGCGUCGUCGUCAAGAGGCGCGACACGAUCCCGCCAAGACAGCUAACGGGUGGAUAUGCGAAUUCUGCGAGUACGAGAUGAUAUUUGGAGUACCACCCAGAGCAUUGAUCCGACAGUAUGAGAUGAAGGACCGCAGACGCCGACAGGAAGAAGCUGAUCGCAAACGACUCCUCGAAAAGGCUAAGGAGAAAAGCAGGAAGGGCAGAAAGGGCGGUAAAAAGUCUGCGUCUCGGGGAGAGAACGCUACCGCCCAAACCCCGCCUCAGGAGCGUGGCACAUCUAUGGGCAUGAACCACAACCAUUCAAAUCAGUCAGGAGAGGACGAGAACCAUUUCCCGAAUUCAGCAGGAGAUCGCACUGGGCCAGACAUACCGACUGAGGUCCAGUCAUCAUAG